AUGAUCGACUCUGUGAAGCUCCGGCGCGACUGCGCGGCCGACUUCUUCUCUCACUACGAGUACCUGUGCGCGCUGCAGGACUCGGUGCCGCUGCCCGCCGUGCGCGCCUGCCUGAGGGACGGCGUGCUGGACUUCAAUGCCGACCGGCUGCGCGCGGUGGACUGGGCGCCGCUGCUCAGCUCGCUCAGGGUGAACCGCGACCUGCCGCUGGUGGCCAUCAAGAGCUCCUUCCAGCCGUGGCUCGGGGAGACAGUGCUGCGGUCUGGAGGUGCUGAUACACACAGAGUUUGUAGGAAUCGAGUUCCUGUAAUAAGGUCCAAAGACAUGAGCUUCCAGCUAUGUAAGGCUCUGAAAGGCUGCUUAAGUGUAUCGGGUGUGCUAAGAAAUCUGGAGCUAAAUGGGCUGAUUCUGAGAGAGAGAGAUUUGACUAGUCUAACAAAGGGAUUGAGUAAAUCAGCCUCUUUGGUGCACCUGUCUCUUGCAAAUUGUCCAAUUGGAGACGGAGGUUUAGAAAUCAUUUGUCAAGGUAUAAAGAACUCUGUCACUCUCAAGACAGUCAACUUCACAGGAUGUAAUCUGACAUGGCAAGGAGCCUGUCAUAUGGCCAAAAUCUUAAAGUAUCAAACCAUGAAAAGGCAUGAAGAAACCUGGGCUGAGAGUCUUCGCUACAGGAGGCCCGAUCUUGACUGCAUGGCUGGCUUAAGGCGCAUCACACUGAAUUGCAACACACUCAUUGGUGACCAAGGUGCAAGUGCUUUUGCAGACUCUCUUAGUGAGGACUUAUGGCUUCGGGCACUUGACCUGCAGCAGUGCGGCCUUACCAGUGAAGGUGCCAAGGCUUUACUGGAGGCCCUGGAAACCAACAGAACCCUGGUCGUUCUGGAUAUAAGGAAAAACCCACUUAUUGAUCACUCUAUGAUGAAAGCAGUUAUCAAAAAGGUUCUCCAGAACGGAAGGAGUGCAAAUUCAGAGUACCAGUGGGUAACGUCCCCGUCAUUGAAGGAACCAUCCAAAACCGCUAAGCAGAAAAAGAAAACAAUUGUCCUAGGAAGCAGUCGGAAAGGAAAAGCUACCAUUAGAAUUGCUACAAAGAAACCUGUGAGUAAUGGGAGAAAACAUGGGCUCAGUAAAGACUGCUAUGCUCCUGACCCUCUGCCUCCAGGAGCGUCUGGUUUCUUGCCCUGGCGCACGGCAGAACGUGCAAAAAGAAGCAGGAGUUCUUCAUUAAUCAAAACUCAUGAUCUGUCUAAUCACCUGAAGCAAUCAGAUUUUCCUGUGACUGUGACAGUAGAAAGUCCUUCAUCCUCAGAGACUGACGACGAGACUGAAGAGUCUUCAGAAAGUGUCCGUGAAGUGCCUCAGAAAACCAGCAUAAGACAAGAAACGUUACAGGAGAAACUGCAGGAGUGCCUAAAGCAGCUGAAGGAGGAGAGGGCGGUCCGCCUCAAGGCUGACAAGCGCGUCAGUGAGCUGGAACAUGAAAAUGCCCAGCUAAGAAAUAUCAAUUUCUCCCUGUCUGAAGCCCUCCAAGCCCAGUCAUUGACAAGCAUGAUCCUGGACGAUGAAGGGGUCUUGGGCAGCAUCGAGAACUCUUUCCAGAAGUUCCACGCGUUUUUGGAUCUCCUUAAAGAUGCGGGGCUUGGGCAGCUUGCCACUAUGGCUGGUAUAGAUCAGUCAGACUUCCACUUGUUAGGUCGUCCCCAGAUGAAUUCUACAGUUAAUUCACCUGUAGAAGAACAGAAAGCACUUGAAGAUGAAAAUCUGGAUCUGAAACAGACAGCCAUAGCACAAAUGCAGGAUAUCCGGGCUUCUGUCUGUAUCCAGUCAGUUUACAAUGAAGGGACACUGAUGAAGAUUCAGAAGAUUACAAGUGAUGCCACAAUCCCUGUACCUCUUGACACUGUCCAGGUUUCGGCUUCUACACAAGAGGCAGCGGUAGCUUCUAGAGACAACCUGGGAGUUAUAGCCCUGGAGCAGCAGGAGGGAUCUGCAGCGGGAUUCAUUGCUAUGACAGGCUCUCCCUUAGCAGAUGGCAUUUCUGGAGGCAGGAGUCAAAGAGAAGAGGUGAUGUUGUCUAAACACAGCAGGUCCUCGACAGAGAAAGGGAACGCGGCAAGUGAGUCCUCCAGAAGGCAGUCUGCUGAGAGACACUCCAGGAAGAACCUCCUUUCUGACUCUGACUCUCCUGUGAACUCACAAAGCAAAGGAUCUGGGGAAAAACGGUCAUUGCUUAAUGAGCCAAUUAAAAGUGAAUCUUUGAAAAAAUGCAUUUCUAUCAAGAAAGAAAAUAGAAUAGUGACUGUCUCACCCAAGACUAUCAAAAGUAAACCCAAUCCGCUAGAACAUUCUGAAAGUGAUACCCUUGGGUCUGAUUUUGAAUUUCAGGAACGCGUCCAUUCGUCAGCACACCUGACCUGACAUAGGUCUAACCUUUUGAAAUUAUGAUUUUUGCUUUUAAAUUUUAAUAAAUUUUCUUAUGUUUUUAUUA